AUGAACACUCGCCGAAUUUUUGUCAUUGGCGCUACUGGUGCUCAAGGCCUGCCCGUAUGUCGUGGGCUCACCAAGGAAGGCGGGUACAGCCUGCGCGUUCUCACGCGUGAUUCAACGUCUGCUCGGGCACAGCAACUUGCCAAACUCGGAGACGUUGAGUUUGUUGAGGGAACAUUUGCCAACGAGGCCGACCUACGCAAGGGGUUUGCUGGGUGCUGGGGCGCCUUUAUCAACAUCGAUGGUUUCAACUGCGGCGAGAAGACGGAAAUCUACUGGACCAUCCGCUGCUAUGAGCUCGCCGUUGAGCUUGGAAUCAAGUUCUUUGUGUUCGGCAAUCUCGACUACGGUUACAAAAAGAGCGGCUAUGAUCCGAAGUUUCGAUGCGGGCACUACGAUGCCAAAGGCCGCAUGGCGGAGUGGAUGUUGCAACAGAGAAAGACCAACAACAUGGGUGUUGCGAUUUUUACCACAGGGCCAUACAUCGAGAUGACAAUCUCGUCGAAAACACUUAUGACCCCGCGAGUUGAGAACGGGAUUGUUACUUGGAGAGCCCCGCUCGGUGAUGGCGCGGUUCCACAUGUCGCUCUUGAUGAUUGCGAGCACUAUGUCCGUUGGCUUUUCGACCACCCUCAGAAGUCUGACGGAAUGGAUCUGGAGGUUGCCAUCGAUCAUAUUCACUACGCCGAUCUAGCCGCAGCGUUUCAAAAGGUCACAGGCAAACCUGCUCAGUACAUCGACACUCCCACGAACGUCUAUUUUGAUCACAUCCCGCUCUCCCAACAACCCGCUGGGUACAACGCUGACCCGGCGGACCCAGCAACGAUGUCGUUCAAGGACAACUUCUCCGGUUUCUGGAACUUGUGGUCCCACUCUGCAGGCAACAAGGGGGUCAUCAAGCGGGACUACGCGUUCUUGGACGAGAUCCACCCGAAUAGGAUCAAGACCGCGGAGGAGUUCUUCAGGAGGGCAGAAGAGAAGAGGCGAGCUGGCGGUCUUGGUAGUAUUUUCGAAUCCAUUCAAGGCGACGACUUGCCUUCAAUCUUGAAACUCAGCGAAGACAACAGAAGCGGGAGGUUGUAA